AUGAUGGCAAUUAAACUUUUCAUUGGCAUAUUUUUUGGGUUUUUGAUUUUCACAACUAAUAUUGCUCAUGGUACAAGGCUUGCUGGAAAGGAAAAACUACCCCUUCGAUAUCGUGUGGGUACAAGUAAUAUUGGUUGUUCCACAGGAGACAUGACAUGUAGAGGAGGGCAUGAGUAUUAUAGAAAAAAAUCUCUCAAGGAAAACAUAGGAGGAAUGCUUAAGGGAGGUAUUGGAAUAAGUCAUGCUGAUGAUAAUAAAGAAAGCAUCAAGAAUAUACAAGGAGAAGGAUGUGUGAAUAAUGAUCUUAGUUGUAAUGAUGUUAACGGACCAAACAUAAACAACAAGAACAAAAGAUACGCCGUCAACAAAAAUGGCUACCCAAAUAUCGAAAACAAUGAUGUUGUGACUAAUAACAGAAAUAACUUAAACAACAAUGGUAGCCAGAACAAUAUCGGAAACAAAAGUGGAAGCAAUAAUGGUGCCAUCAGUAGAAAGAAUAAUAGUGUCAUUCGUGGAAAUGUUUCCCAAAACGGCAACGAAACCGUCAAUGGUUCUGGCAGUGUAAAUAACAAUAGCGUUGGAAUUGGAGAUGAAAGCGGAAAGGGUAACAACGUCUUCCACUACAAUGAAGGAUCUCCUGCAACUCCUGAUUCAGCCUGA